AUGGAGACUACUCAUCGCCGCCACAAAAGCAAUUCCUCCGGUGACAACUUCACAUUCCCAACACUGUCACCCGACGUUCAAAUGGACACGGAAUUAGCAGACCAUUUGUUCUCAAAUGGAAAAUUCCUACUCCACACUUUCCCUCUUCAACCAAAAAACAUAACAAGUUGUACCUUUUCAAGAACAUGUAGUGUUAGUAGUAAAGAUUCACUCCUGUCUUCCAGGAGCAAUAGUACAAAUAGCAGCAGUAGCAGUUGCAGCAGCGCAAGAACAAGCACUAGUGACUCUUCAACCGGAUUUGCAAUGAAAACCACCAUCUCCCCUAGCAGAAGCCCGGCUCACUACAACACUUGCUAUCUUCCUGCUCAAAGGUGGCAGUUUAUGGCGCCUGUGCCUAUGCUUAACCGCCGAACUUCCCAAAGACGAAGAUGUGAAGACCAGAAGCAAAAAGGAUCACCGGAGAAUAAGAAAUGCAUUACUAAGAAAGGAUGCUGCCAGAAACUUUUCCGGUGGUUUGUGUCAUCAUGCAUUCAAUGCCAUGCUAUGGAGCCUUACACAACAUAG